ACAUACAAAAGAAAUAAAUAGAAAUUCAUUCGUUAGGGUCUGUGAAUUGACGUUUAGUCUCCAUUAAUUUUUCUAAAUUAUAUAUUUAUUUACAACAAACAACAAAAUGCCUAAUGUAAUUAAACUUCAAUCGUCUGAUGGCGAAACAUUUGAAGUUGAUGUAGAAAUUGCAAAAUGUUCAGUGACAAUAAAAACAAUGUUAGAAGACUUGGGUAUGGACGAAGAUGAUGAGGAAGUUGUCCCAUUACCAAACGUGAAUUCAGCAAUUUUAAAGAAAGUAAUUCAAUGGGCUAGCUAUCACAAAAAUGAUCCACCACCACCUGAAGAUGAUGAAAAUAAGGAAAAACGUACAGAUGAUAUUUCUUCAUGGGAUGCUGAUUUCUUAAAAGUUGAUCAAGGGACAUUAUUUGAAUUAAUAUUGGCCGCAAAUUAUUUGGAUAUAAAAGGUUUAUUAGAUGUUACAUGUAAGACGGUCGCAAAUAUGAUCAAAGGUAAAACCCCCGAGGAAAUUCGUAAAACAUUUAAUAUUAAAAAUGAUUUCACUGCAUCCGAAGAGGAACAAGUCCGUAAAGAGAAUGAAUGGUGUGAAGAAAAGUAAAUUAAUCAGUAUUUAGUCUUUUAUUCUCGAAAUUUUAAAAAUGUUUUUCUUAUUCAACAAUUUUUAUCUUUUUUUUUUUUAACACGUACGCUGGGAACCUAAUUUAUUUACUGUAAAUAUGGUGUCAUCCACAAUUAACGUGUUUAUUAAAUGUUUUAAUGAUUAAUAUUUGACUACAAUAAUUUAUAUCAUGCAUCUGAUUUAUGUUCAUAUUUUUGCCAACUAUAAUUUUCAAUAUUCGAAUAUGUAAUAAAUUUUCAA